ACUUUCAUAACCAUAGGGGCCAUUUGUGAUCCCAAACCAAGUUAGGGUUUUCUAAUCCCAAAUCAAAUCAAUUCAGUUUUGACUAACCGAGAGAGAAUGUCAGAUAAGAAGGAAGACUUUGUACCGACCGAGCAAACAGACAAGAAGGAGAAGAAGAAGAGGAAGAAGUGGCGUGUUAAGCAGAACGGGCGGUGGUUCAAGAUCGAUAAGAAUUGUAUCAAGGAGGCUGGUUUAUUCCGUACAUUUUACAGGAGUCCAUCCUUCGAAAAUAGGAAUUUGAAUAUCAGUAAAACCGACAUCCUUAAAUUGGCUCUUCGAUUUUGCAAGGAACGUGGGAAGAUCAAGACCAUUUAUGCCCAUGACCAAAACCUCCUCCAAAGCAAGUGCAAGGAAUAUGAUUCCGGUUUUCUAAAAUACAUGAAGGACAACCAUCGUGAUGACGAUCUUAUCGAUCUUAUUGAUGCUGCUUGCAAGUUGCAGAUUGAUAGCCUCUUUGACCUGUUGUUUGAAGAGGUUGCUGUUAUAAUAUUUAAUCGCAAGACUCUUGAAGAAGUCGAAAAGAUAUUUGAAAUACGCAACAGAAAUGAUGCUGAUGAUAUAUUGAUCACUAUGAUCAUGAAUGGUGCCCGUUGGCCUUUGGAAACAAUGCCGGCUAGCUAGGCCUCCGUCAUCUCCUCUCAAGCAUUUAUAUGAUGCAUCACGCUAGUUUGUUUGUGGACGUUUUGUGUUGUAGAUUAGUAUUAGUCUACUUAGUGUUCUUGCUUAUUAUUGCUGGUUGCUUCUUCUUCUUGUCUGGAGUGAUUCUGAUACACACUAAUUACAUACAACCUAAACCUUUUAAUAUUGAACGAAUUGCAUUUUUGGUC